AUGUCCGUCGCCAACCCAGCAAUGCGCGGACUCGGCGACCCACCAACACACGAGCCACCACAACCUGGCACAUCUCCAGAAAUCAAGCUAACUCGGAGGAAGGACGUGGACGCCGCGCGCGUGCUCGAGCAAGCCAACCAGCCUGCCAAAUGGCGGUUGUUGGUGGUGGUGUGUUUCCCGCUCUUCUUCCUGCUCGCCGCACCGUACUGGUGGUACACGACGAGUAUUGUGCGGUUGCCGCUACCCAAUGAGCGUAUUGUCGCGUUGGAGAGCCAGAGGGUCGUCACCGCGACCGCCGACGCGGGCCCUCGUAUGCAAGUGGCCAUAGCACUGACGGCGCAGGACCCACCUCUCCGCACGCAGAUCUGGUUCACAGUAGACGAGGCCGCGUUCCCUGUGCCACCGCCAGGCAAGGCGCAGUUCCCGCACAACGCCAAGGUGCAGAAUGUGAUCAAGCUCGUGACCGACGGCGUGGAUGGAUUGGUGAGGCGGGACGCGCCUGAAGACCGGGGAGAGAGGAGGUGGGACAUGGAGGUUGACGCUCCUCGUGCACCGCUCCGUGCUCAUAUUCUCGUCACGGACACGGCAACCAACAAGUUUCCCCUCGAGCCCUACAUUGCCGUGGGAGACAGCGAGGACGGUAAAGUGACGCGCGGGAUGCUGGUGGUGCCCGUCCACCCCGACCUCAUCGGCGACCGCAACUUGAAGCAGCACUACAAGAUUGCCCUCAUCAACGGUAUCCACUUCCUCUUCCCGCCGCACCUUCCUGGUAUUCCUACGCGCGCUCUGGCGUACUCGCCCAACAUUACGCUGAGCUUUGUGUUGCUCAACGAGGACGCGAUGGUGGGGAGCUAUGUCGAUGGGUGGGAUGUGGAAGGUGCCAUUCGUGACCACUUCCUUCCGCAGCUCUCGCCCCUCUCGCCCCUCUUCAACUUCUCCAUCGAGUCCCAGGUCCUGUACCAUGCGCCACUCACCAUCGAUCCAGACCACGUCAACGGCUCGUGGGUGAUUGACGACGAUGGCAUGAACGUGUUCGUCUCUGAGCGGUGGAGCCUGGACAGCAUGUCGUCAAACAACCCUGUGCUGCGCUUCCUGCUCUUUGUCCCCUCGCAGCUGCACCGGCCGUUGAAGCUGGGCGACAGCGAGUCGCGUGCGAGCAGCUUCCUUAUCCCGCAGUUCGGCUCGGUAGUCAUCCUCAACCCGCCCACAGAACAAGGCCAAGGCCACGACGACAAGACGGCCUACACGCUGGCGCUCGCAGCGCUAGACGCGCCGUUUGCUCAGUUUGCAGCGCACCUCCGCUCGCUCCUCGCCAUCGCGGCGCGCCCAUCCCAGCUCCACCCAGACCCGGCACCGGGGCGUGCGGCGCUGGUGGCACGAGGCGUGGCGGACCCGCUGUCCGUGUGGGAAAUGGACACGGUUCUGCGCACGCGGCUGGCGGAGACGGCCGCCGAGGCGCGCAAGACCCUCGCUGGAAUUGUGCGGCUCGUGGACAAGAUCAAGGAGAUGCAGCUGGGCGAGGACGUCCGGGACAAGAUUCUCGGCGCGGUGCGCCGUCUCGAAGGUCUCCCAGCCGCCGCGCGCGCGCGGUCCCCGCUUCCCCCGUCCUUCCUCCUGGCGCGGGACGCCCUCUUGCUCGCCAACGAGGCCUUCUUCGACCCGGGCAUGAUGGGCCAGCUGUACUUUCCCGACCAGCACAAGUUUGCAGUGUACACCCCGCUGUUUGCGCCCGUGGGCGUGAGCAUUGUGGUGAGCCUGCUGCGCGAAGUGAAGCGGUUGAAGGGGCGGAGGAGAAAGGCCAAAAAGGAAAAGGACCAGGGGGAGGGUAACCCCAAGGGUGUGGUGGCGGAGAGCGAGAGCACGGCGACGAGUACGGGCGUGCAGACGCGUGCGGCGACGCGGAGGUAG